CAGAGUGAGACUCCAUCUCAAAAAAAAAAAAAAAAAAGUCUAAACUGUUUAGGCCAUCCUUCCUUCCUGUGGCAGUCUCAGGGCUUCUGUUAAACGAAGGCAGCAAGCAAACAGGAGAUCAGGCAAGAAGCGGAGAGCAAGAAGCAGGACGAUCAAGCCAGCAGCAGAGAGCACAAGGUGGAUUUCUCCCAAAGAGAUAGUGGCAUAUAUCUCAUAGGGCCAAAUCCAUUUUCCCAAAUAAACCCUGGUGCUUGUAACCCCUUGAGCCUUGGGCCUCUAACCCAGGUAGUAGUGGACAAGCAUUCUUGUCCCCCAGAAUGGCUUAAUGACUCUAAAAUGAGCCCCGCUUACCCAAAGUCAGACAAUCCAUACUGCGCAGACUGUUUUCCUUCAGAGUGGGAGUUUCUUCUUAUUGUCAAUCCCCAUACAAGGACACCAGAAAGAUGUUGCCAGAAAAGAGGGUCAUGAUCCAGACCCCAAGAGUGGGUUCUUGGAUUCUCACAGGAAAGGAUUUGAGGCAAGUCACAGAGCACAGUGAAACAUGUUUGUUGGAAACUACUGUUACAGGUUAUGGAAUCUGCAGCAAAAGAGGGAAUCCUCCCUCUUUUGUUAGUGGCUCUACUUAUAAGAAACUACAAGACCUGGUGUGGUGGCUCAUGCCUGUAAUUCCAGCACUUUCGGAGACUGAAGCAGGUGGAUUACUUGAGAUGGGGAAACUGAUGAGCAAAGAGGUGAAAUAACGUUCCCAAAGUCUCAGAGCCACUGACUCUUAGCACCAGGGUUGAAACCUGUCCAGUCUGCCUUCCAACCACAAAACCAUAUCACCACUCACAGAAGUACUCAUCCCCACUGCUUCUGGAAAAACCAGUUUCCACUCAGUUGACUUCUGGGACCUUUGAGGUUGUGACCUCUGCUCUAGCCACAGCUCGGCUGAAUAUGCCAAGGGGAAUGGCAUGUUACAGAUAUUUCACAGACACCUAUACACUGCCCCAGACCAGGAGAGGUGUCAGGCUGACCUCUAAGUGGACAGGAAGCCCCAGUGGAAGAGAAGAUUAGAAGAGCUAAGAAGCAAGAAGAAAUUGGGGCGCCAUGGGGAAAGCACGCAGAACCUCACCAGGGCAGCACAGGCAUUGUGAGGGGUGCUUCAACCGCCACUGCCACAUUCCUGUGGAACCCAACAUCUCCUGCCUGGUAAUAAGCUGCCACCUGCUCUGUGGUGCCACCUUCCACAUGUGCAAAGAGGCAGAGCACCAGCUUCUCUGCCCAUUAGAGCAGGUUCCCUGCCUCAACUCCAAAUAUGGCUGCCCCCUGUCCAUGUCCCGCCACAAGCUGGCCAAGCACCUGCAGGUGUGCCCCGCCAGCGUGGUCUGCUGCUCCAUGGAGUGGAACCGCUGGCCAAACGUGGACUCUGAAACCACCCUUCAUGAGAACAUCAUGAAAGAAAACCCCAAUGAGGAGUGUUUGGACACAGCCCUGGCCCUGCAGGACCAGAAGGUCCUCUUCAGAUCCUUGAAAAUGGUGGAACUUUUCCCAGAAACUAGAGAGGCCACUGAGGAGGAGCCAACUAUGAAUGGUGAAACCAGUGUGGAGGACAUGGGAGGAGCAGUGGGUGGAUUGGAUGUCGGUUUGGUACCACAUGAUUUGUCAGCAACUAAUGAGGAGAUGGCAGAGCUAAGUCAAGAAGAACGGGAGAUGCUAGCCAAAACCAAAGAAGGGAUGGACCUGGACAAGUUUGGCCAGUGGGAAAAUAUUUUCAGUAAAGAGCAUGCAGCCUCUGCUUUAACAAAUUCAUCAGUGAGCUGUGAGAGCAAGAACAAGAUUGGCCCAGAGAAAGAACAGAUUUCCAGUGGCAAUAACACGGUAGAAGGAGAGGGCGUUCCCAAAAAGAAAGAACCACAGGAGAAUGAGAAGCAACAGGACAUUCAUAAAGCCGUGGAAACCGCAGGGCUUGCCCCUUGGCAGGAUGGUGUUCUGGAAAGACUGAAAACAGCUGUGGAUGCAAAGGACUAUAACAUGUAUUUAGUGCACAAUGGGCGGAUGCUGAUUCACUUCGGUCAGAUGCCUGCUUGUACACCUAAGGAGAGAGACUUUGUUUAUGGCAAGCUUGAAGCUCAGGAAGUUAAGACUGUGUACACCUUCAAAGUUCCUGUGAGCUACUGUGGAAAGCGAGCUCGACUUGGAGACGCCAUGUUGAGUUGUAAGCCCAGUGAACACAAGGCAGUGGAUACUUCAGAUCUGGGGAUCACUGUGGAGGAUCUGCCCAAAUCAGAUCUCAUCAAGACCACCCUCCAGUGUGCUUUGGAAAGAGAACUCAAAGGCCACGUCAUCUCUGAAUCCAGAAGCAUUGAUGGACUGUUCAUGGAUUUUGCCACACAAACAUACAACUUUGAGCCGGAACAGUUUUCCUCUGGGACAGUGCUGGCUGACCUAGCCCCUGCCACCCCAGGGGGACUCCACGUGGAGCUCCACAGCGAGUGUGUGACCAGGAGACACAACAAAAGCAGCUCUGCCUUCACUUUCACUUGCAACAAAUUCUUCAGGAGGGAUGAGUUCCCCCUGCACUUCAAGAAUGUUCACACAGACAUUCAGUCGUGUCUCAAUGGCUGGUUCCAGCAUCGAUGCCCCCUUGCCUACAUGGGUUGUACAUUUGUUCAAAACCAUUUCCGUCCCCCAGGGCAAAAGGCAAAAGUAAUCUAUAGUCAGGAGCUCAAGACCUUUGCCAUUAAGCCAGAGGUUGCUCCAGAGCUGAGUGAGGGAAGGAAGAACAACCAUCUUUUGGGCCAUGGAGGAAAAAGUGAGAAUUCUCUAACCAGCCUGCCCCUGGAGAUUUUGCAGUACAUUGCUGGGUUCUUGGACAGCGUCAGCCUGGCCCAGCUCUCCCAGGUGUCUGUGCUGAUGAGGAAUAUCUGUGCCACUUUAUUACAAGAGAGAGGGAUGGUCCUCUUGCAAUGGAAGAAGAAGAGGUAUUCCCAUGGAGGCUUCUCCUGGAGAGUCCACAGAGAAAUCUGGCAGUUCAGCAGCCUUUUCUCCAAAAUCAAGAGCUGGGAGUUUAAUGAAGUCACCUCCAUGUCUGAGCACCUGAAGUCUUGUCCUUUCAACAUUGUAGAGCACAAAACUGACCCGAUUCUUUUGACCAGCAUGUGUGAGCCACGUGAGCAGGCCCGAGAGAGCUUAGUCUCCACCUUCAGAGUCAGACCACGAGGAAGAUACGUCUCCUAAAAAUUCAGAUGUCACCCAAUGCACCAUUCUUGGAUUUCUUCUCAGAGUUCCUGAAGUAGGACAGAGUGUGGUUUUGAGGACUCCCUUCUGUAAACUGCCUAUUUGCUUAUCAGGGUGUAUUGGAACAUGCAAUGUCCUUCGAAACCUCAACACAAGGCCUAAGAAUUCCCUAAGCCAUGGCCUGUACCAUAGUGCCAUAUUGAUGACUUGUUUCCUUUUCUUUUCUUUUUCCUUUCUUUCUAAAAUAGCUUGGUCUGAGAAGAAAGUAAAUAAUUUGAGGCCAUUUGGAAGAUGGACCCAAUUUUUUAAGAGAUGAGAGAGCCGCAAAAUUCCAUAACCAGUACAGGCCUGUGCUUUACAUGAACUUUUUAGCUUACAAAGCACUUUCAAAUUUGUGGGACAGUAAAUGCAGGAUGGGACUAAGGUGCAGAGAGUUAAUCCCCAGAGAACACAGGGUGAAGGGAACACAGCUUGAAGGCUCUGGAGCUGUGUCUGUUUUGACAGUCAAGUCCAAGGCUCAUUUUAGUCAUCCUACUGCCUCUAAGCCAGAGAGGCACAGCCUGACAUAAGAGAGCCCCUGGCUGAGCAUGGCAGCUUCAAAGACACCACAGGCCAAAACAUGAGAGGCAGAAAUGCAGUCACAGAGUCUGUUGUUAGAAUCUUGGCAACAUACAGCAGGAAAGCCUUGAGGAAUGGGAGUCCAAAGGAGACACCACAUUUAUGGAGAACCUUAGGACAAAAAGCCACAAGCCUACUUUGUAUCAUCUUAAUGAUGACUCAGGAGUCAAUACUUUUUUUCUUCUGAAAAUUAAGUUCUAAGUCGGAGUUAGGCAGAACAUAGGCAUGGCCCCAGGGCACCCUGUGCUAUCUGAAACGACACCAACCUCAGCGUCAUGCCAGAAUACACAAGGUAGCCCAGGGAGACCAUGCCUUUGGCAAAGUCCAGCCAAGGCCCACUGUAGUUCCUAUGGCACCAGUCACCAGCUCCUAGACCCCACUUCGGUACCUACUGGGGUCUUGGAGAGAAAGACGUGAACAUAAUGGCUCCCUGAAUUACUCCUACCCGUCCAUAUUGCUGGCCAUGCAUUCAGUCUGACGAAAAUGGAUGAUACUGCCGUUUUUGGUAUCAAACAGUGAAUACUCAUAAGAACAAAAGUAAAAGAUAAAAAGACACAAUAGAAACUGGCAUCCCCCAAAGCAGGGCUUCAUAGCCUUAGAACUAUUGACAUUUUGAACUAGAUAAUUAUUUGUUUUAAGGGACUGUCCUACUGUCCCUUAAAGAAAGGCCACGCUCUGUCCUACUUCAGGAACUCUGAGAAGAAAUCCUGUGCACUACAGGACACUUGCCAGUAUCCUUGGCCUAUCCCUGAAAUGCCAGUAGCACCCACACAGAGGCGACAACCAAAAAUGUCACCACACAUUGCUGAAUGUCGGGGAGCAAAAUGGCUCCUGGUUGAAAAUCCCUAGAGGAUGUCAUACUAGUGACAAUAAGUUAGGAUAUGCUUAUUUUUUAGAACAGCAAAAUCUUAUUUCCCUUAGAUUUCCACAGUAGUUAUGAUUUCAUGCAGCUCUUCAUGAAACUGAAAUAUUUAUUUUAGACAUGUAGUGAUUUUAAGCUGGGAACCAGAUGGAGAUGAUGAUUUGUUUGGUAUGGCUUCAUGUCCUUCAGCCACAUGAAGAAUGUAUCCUUUCAGCUCUCUUUGGUUAUACCUGAAGCUUGGAAAGUUGAGUUAUUGGCCCUGUGUCACUGUAAUUGGUGUCAUUUUCCCAGCAGUCCUAGCAAUUUCUCAAGCAAGUGAGAAAUAGGAAAAGAAAAGGACAGGCAUUGUAGGGAAGCAGAGAAUAAAGAAUUUCGCCAAUAAAAGAAGCAGUCUAGCAUAUCUGGGUGCUUGUUAUUGCAUGGGUUCUCUCUAAACAUGGUUCAGAGCUGGUGUAGAUGAAGUAGCUAACACCUCUGAAAAGAGUCAAGAAGGCAGUAGAGCAAGUCCCAGACCAGAAACAUGCUCCUCUUUUCAUUGUAAUGUGCCACUUGGUACUAUUUGGUAAUGUCACUCUAUUUUUCCUAAUUCCAUCCUUUGGUUUAUAUUUCUUAUUUGCAUAUAAGGCACCAUUUUCUAACAAUAUGACGAGGGUAUGACCUAAGGUUUUAUUCCAUGAAGAUGAGUAAUUGGAAACAACCUAACACUGCAGUGGGAAGGAAGGAAGAGAGUUGUCCAGGUGGCAGUUCCAAGGGAAAAGGCUCCUAAAAUCCACUCUGGGUUUGUGAUUUUAAUAGAAAAAGAAAGGGAAACUACGGAACAGUGGAGAUGAAAAUCAGGGGCUGUGGAUGAAUGGAAGAGAAAUGAGGUGCUACAUAGAGAAAGGAAGAGGGCAGAGGGCUUUUCCUUCCCAAAUCAGGUGGGUGGGGGCAGCCUCAGUUCAGGAGAGUGGCACUGCCCACAACUGCUGUGUAAGUUGCACACUUCCAGCCAUACUCUCCCCCUCCAGUUGCUGCCUUGAGAGCUGUAUUGAAGCACGAGCUUCAAUAAGAUAAGGACACUUCAUAGUGAGAGGGCAGUGGCACCAAAGCCUUUCAGGUGACUAUGGAUUAGCUGGAAAUGAUUUGUGAGAGGAAGCUGGAAUGAACAGCAUGAACCGUGACUGUUAUCUGAUAGACAAGACAGCUAGAUGUGGCUUCAGAUUUCGAAGCAGCUGAGGGGAGCAAAGAGGGACAGUGUAUACAGGUAGGGGAGAUGUCUAUGGGCAGAGCCCUUGGUGGGUAUCAUUGCCAAGAAAGGCCGUCCACAAUAGAGAUCAGCGGAAUAUGGAGACUGAGCUCUGUAGCACUGGGCCAGAAAGGACCUUGCUGCCUUAAUAGCAUAAGGGUCUGGAAAGGAAGUUUCUGUUUUACAACAAAAGGAAAAGUGAAAAGCAAGUGGGACUUGAAGAUGUGUCUGAAAAUCACUAUAAAAGUCUCAUUUAUGUGUGAUGUCAAAUUAAACUGAAAUGAAGAAUGAGAUUGAGUAUAUUUGUGGUGAUUGACCUCUGUAUUCUAGAAAUCUCAAUGUCUCUAGAAGAGGAAAUAAAAGCUGCCUUGCAUUCUGAAAGGCUAACUGGGUGACUCUUGUGAGUUAGGUCUAAAGAUAGAUGUGUGAUUCAACAGGCAUAGAAGUUGUCACUGAAACCAAGUGUGUAUCAUGAAUAAAGACCAGGGCACAAGUCUGAGAUGCAGUGCCAAGCUUGUCCAA